UUUGACUCCGAAGUCGGACCACCCUGAAAUGAAGACCACAAUAGUUCCGAGCGCCUCUCGUUAGGCCUGACGACAGCAAACUUCUUUCAUUCUUACUGUCAUGGCCAGUAAACAGCUCGGGAAGUUGAGGCAGUGGGCUGGUGAGAAAAUAUCCUCGCGAGAUAAGACUAUCGUUGCGGAAGAGUUCAAGGACAUCGAGCAGGACAUCGAGCUUCGAAAAGAAGGAAUCGUGAAGCUGCAGGCAGCUGCGGAAGAUUAUCAGCAUGUACUUUCCAAAAAGAAGGAAUCAAACGCUGUACAAGAGACAGAGAAACUCAUGCCACUGGAUGCAUUGGGAAUCGUAAUGAUCUCCCAUGGUGAUGAAUUUGGAGACGAUUCUGCUUUUGGGACGUCAUUGGUGAAGUUGGGUAGAGCCCAUUGCAAGGUUGCCACCCUGCAGGAGGCGUUCGCCCUUACUUUUCAGGAUACCUUCAUCACAUCCUGCCAGAAUUUCGUUCAAGACAUAAAGGACUAUGAACACCAGCAGAAGAAGCUGGAGAGUAGGAGGCUGAGCUAUGACGCCGCUAUCACUAAGUUGGAUAAGGUCAAAAGCAGCAAGAAAGAGAAAGAAAAGGAGAGGCGAGAAGCUGAGGAUGAGCUACAGCGCAGCCGUCUACGCUACGAAGAAACUGCUGAAGAUGUACGUUCCCGAAUGCAGGCUAUUCAGGAAAACGAAAUACAACAACUUCGAGAGUUGACGUCGUUUUUGGACCUCGAGCUUAAUUUCGCCAAGCAGUACUACGAAGUGUUACAGGAUGUAAAAGCAAACUGGUGCGACGAGUCCACUCUAGCAAAGUUCGAGACUCAACGGAAGAGCUUCCACCCUCCCGUCUUCUCACGCGCCACAGAUGAUGGGAAAUUUCAUUCUAUAUCCAAGGGGUCCAUGAUGUCCCACGUGUCUGGCGCAGUAGCUUCCUCUAACGGUUCCGAUGAGCAUCACUCAUCUCCUAUCCCCACCCGCCGGAAGUCGGAUGCAGGGAGCAGGACUAUCUCACGACCAUCGUCACGGGCAUCCCGUAAACGCUCCGAUAGCAGCGUUACACGGAAACGUUCUGACAGUGAUGUCACAUCUGGUGCCCCCGAUACUCCGAAGGCAGACAAUCCGGGUAAGAAGAUUAACAUCACUGGUUGGGCAUCGAGUGCCAUGAACUCGGUGACGGGAAGAGGGAAGAAAGACAGAGAUAACUUUGCAACCCUCACAAAUGGAGAUGACCCUGAGACAGACGUCACCGACUUUUCCCGUCCUCCAAGCUCUCGGUCCUUUUCUCGGAAAUCACCCAGCUCCAAGGUGAAAGAACUACUGAAUGGGUCCCCGCAAAUGCCGUCUCGAAUCAUGAAGCCGCCUUCUCAAUAUUCACGAAAGCUUGUUCGGGCGUUACAUGACUUUACAGGUUCAUCAGAUGAGCUCACCUUUAGAGCCGGCGACGAAAUCAUUGUUGUCCAUGAAGUCCUGGAUGACUGGUGGCUUGGAAUUCUAUCAAAUGGUCGGAAGGGGUUGUUCCCCUCUACGUAUACGGAAACCAUUUCAUUGUCACCAUCAUAUCAAGGCUCGGAGCAGUCAUCUGAAGACAACUUGCACCAUACUGCUGCAAGUGAGGACAGCGAAGACGAUAUCGGUUACCUUCUUGGAAGUCGUGUCAUGGACACGAGCCAUCUAUCUACGAGGCUCGGAUAUGGUUUUGAUACAGAGAGCGUCACUAGUACUGUUCCUGAAGAUGAGGAAGAGUCAAGUUUGGUGACGGCAAAAAUUGUUGAAGAAGAUGUGUACUAUAACCCACGUCGCACAUCUCCACAACUACUUCCACCUUCUAUCUCAAGCAUUCGACCUUCCUCUGAUACCAACUUUGCGAUCAGGCGUGCUCCCCCGCCUCUUCCAUCACGUCGACCGACUAACACGGCUGCUCCCCCGCUACCUAGCCGCAACUCUAUCAAGCCCCAGUCACAGUCUAACAGUCCCCGUCCUCUGACAUCGGCAUAUCUGACACCAUCGCCUUCUGCCACCAGUGUGCAGGGACCAAACAUCUCACCUUUUGAUAGCCUCUUGGAUGUGUCUUCCGCUUAAAGCUUGCGAUGCGGUCGCCCCGACUGUACGCGGUGUUCUUGAAUAAUCUGCAUUUGGUAGAUCGACAAGCAAGUUAGCUGUCGUUUCACUAAAUCAUUGACUGUGGCUUACUACACCACGUCUACUGUGCCAAGGGGGAUUCGUCGGAUAGGCGAGCUCGGAGCCCUCUAGAUUAAGUUUGACUUUUAUUUUUUUGUUGUGUGGAUUCUUCGAUACAAGCUCUCGGACAUAUCUUCAUCAACGUUAACUACAAGUGUAUAAUCAUUUGAUGUGAAGAAUCCACGUUCAAGUCUGGAAGGAAUCAGGUGAUCGGUUUCCACUUUCAUUAUAGUUAGACGCAUGAGACUUGCGACACUCGCAUCUUUCUGGUCC